GGGCCGGUCCCGCGGCACGCGGCCCGUUGUUAUGACGACACGGCCGUAAAGCCGCCAUCUUGGCGGUGCGGCUCGUUGCGACAUGGAGGCCGCGAUGGCAACGAGCGCCGGGCCGGCGGGGCUUACGGCAGGCGCGGCAGAGGAGCGGGAGGCGGCGGCGGCGGCGGGCUCCGGAGCUGCCGUGACCCCCGCGGGCCCCGCCGCCUUCCUCAGCCUCCCGGCGCCCUUCAGCGAGGAAGAUGAAGAUGACGUGCACAAGUGCGGGCGCUGCCAGGCCGAGUUCACCUCCCUGGAAGAGUUCGUGCACCACAAGCUGCAGAAGGUCUGUCACAGAGUCCCCGAGGCUCUGCCUGCGGCACCACCGGGCCUCGGCCAGGACGUGCAAAAGUGUUGUCUGUCACAGCAGGUUGUUCCUUCUGUCGAGGAGUCCAUAACUGUUGCCCAUAUAGUGGUUGAAGCAUCUUCAAUAGCAGAGGAAAUCAGCAAUGCCUCUGCUAUAGUAGGCAGUGGGCACAUCAAAGAAGUCAUUGUUGCAGGAGAUCAUGUUUUUGAAAACCCAGAUGGACACACUGAUGGGGAAGUCCCAGAAGAGCCAGGCAACCCUGACGAUCCGGAGCAGGAUAUCUCCACGGAACUGAUCAAGGUUAAGCUGCUGGUUAACAAAGAAGGGAGAUAUGUUUGUGAAUUAUGCCAGAAGACAUUUAAAACAGCCAGCAUCCUCAAAGCUCACAUGAUCACUCACAGCAGCAGGAAGGACUAUGAAUGCAAACUCUGUGGCACUUCCUUUAGGACAAAAGGGUCUCUGAUUCGACACCAUCGGCGUCACACUGAUGAAAGACCUUACAAAUGCAAGAAAUGUGGGAAGAGCUUUCGGGAAUCAGGAGCUUUGACUCGGCACCUGAAAUCUCUUACACCCUGCACUGAAAAGAUUCGCUUCAACAUGAACAAAGAAAUAGUGGUCAAUAAAGAGGAUCUGCCAACAGGAUCCUCUAGUUCAAACCCAGACACUGUUUCCUCAAUAGCAAGUGAGUCCAUCGAGAGCUCACCCGUCAUUCACCUGGUGACAGAUGCAAAAGGCAACGUGCUUCACGAAGUCCACGUCCAAAUGCAGGAGCUUCCUGUUGUCGAUGCAAAAUCCCUGGACCAAGAUCAGUCACAUCCCGAGGAGCUGCCAUGUGAGGGGGAAGCAACAAGUGAGAACCUGCUGAGGGAGGCCAUGAGGAACUCGGGUAUCGUGAUAGAGCGAGUCGCUGUGGAGGAGAUGCAGAAGCCAGACACAGAGCCUGCUGUGGCUGCUGCAGAAGGACUGCAGAAUGAAGCAGUGGAAGCAGAAGAGGAGCCAUGUGGGGAGCAGUGUGUUGAAGUAGAACAAGCAGAGGCUCCAGAAGCUGAAAGAACAAAUGGGUAUAAAAGUUACGUUUGCCCUCACUGUAACGAAGCCUUCAGUGACGCUACUUCCCUUGAAACACACAUCAAAGGUCAUUUAGAUUACAAGCCUUUUAAGUGCGAGGAAUGUGGCAAAGAGUUCACCAAGGGCUACCUGCUAAAGAAGCACCAGGAGGUGCACGUGAACGAGCGGCGUUUCCGCUGUGGAGAGUGCGGGAAGCUCUACAAGACCAUUGCACACGUGAAGGGGCAUCGACGAGUGCACUCCGAUGAGCGGCCCUAUUCCUGCCCCAAGUGUGGCAAGCGGUACAAGACAAAGAAUGCCCAGCAAGUCCAUUUCCGCACGCACCUGGAGGACAAGCCCUACGUGUGCCAGUUCUGCAGCCGUGGCUUCCGGGAGAAGGGCUCGCUGGUGCGCCACAUCCGCCACCACACGGGAGAGAAGCCUUUCAAGUGCUACCGGUGUGGGAGAGGCUUUGCAGAGCACGGCACCCUCAACAGGCACCUCAAAACCAAAGGUGGCUGCCUCCUGGGUUUGAAAGAGGUGGAGGAAGUGAUGGUGUCUGAGGAAAGCCAGUCUGCUGACAACUUGGCUGCCACUGUCAUCUCCGAAGAUCCUCACACGGUGCUGGUGGAGUUCUCUUCAGUGGUGGCAGACACUCAGGAGUACAUCAUCGAGACUGCUACUGAAGAUAUGGAGACCAAUGAAGCUACUGAAAUCAUAGAGGGAACAAGACAUGAGGUCGACAGCCACAUCAUGAAGGUCGUGCAGCAAAUAGUGAAUCAAGCAAACUCUGGUCACCAGAUCAUUGUGCAGAACGUCACCGUGGCUGAGAACUCUGAAGUAACCACUGAUGCUGCAGACACCAUCACCAUCGCCACCCCCGAGAGCCUCACUGAGCAGGUGGCCAUGACACUGGCUUCUGCCAUCGGAGAGGGAGCAGUGCUGACCACGGAGGGUGGCAUCGAGACGGAAGAGGCGACGGUGACCAUGGUGGCAUCUGAGGACAUUGAAAUCAUGGAACAUGCGGGGGAGUUUGUGAUUGCCUCGCAGGAGGCGGAGGUGGAAGUCCAGACUCUCAUUGUGUGAUGAGCAGCAUGCACCCAGUGACAGAUGCUAAUGUAAAACUUCCUGGGUUUUUCAGUUUGGGAGUCGGAGCAGUCCUGCCUUUGCCAAGGGAGGGAAUGCUUCCAUAGGGAAGUGACUUAACAGGAAGGUACAGCGCUGAGAUGUUUCCUGUUUAAAAUGGAAGUACCGAUAGUUAAAAUCCUCUGCAUGGUUGUACUGUGGAAGUGACCCAUGCACCACAGUUGACAGUCUCAGUAGUUUGUACAGCUGCCUCAAAUAAAGGAAGGUUCCUUGUAAAGCAUUGACCUCUGACCACAGAACAGUGGUGUUCUGGUGUUCAAAAGCAUUCAGAAAGUGAAACAAAGAUGUAGGGUCUCAUAAGAGACUACUUAACAUAUGCAUUUAAAGCAAGCCAAGGAAACCAAACCUAAGGAGUUCUGGUGUGUGUUCACCACCACUCAAAGUUUCAUGCCUUUAACCUCACUCCUUUAUGCCUGCUAAGGCAUGGUACUGCAGUAUCUUCGUUUUAUAUCCUGGACAAGUAGCCUUAUGUACUGGUCUAUGAAAGAAUGCAUCAUUGUACCCUUGCAGUGCCAGACAGGCUGCCCUGAGAGGGGCCUGGUGGCGUGUAAAGCCAUAUUGUAUAUGAUAGUUUCUUUUUUUUUAAAGCAUAUCUGGGUUUUUAUUUGCAUAUUGUACAGCUCCAGCAUGUAAAUAAACACCUUUGUAAAAAUAAAGUUAUUUAAAGUUCUUACUAGA